UUAAAUAUCAAUUAUUAAAUAUUUGUAUUAAUUAUAAUAUGUAUGAUUUAAAUUCCAAUAGUUUAUUAGAUUUUAGAAAAAUAAUGAAUACAUAAUUUCUAAAUAUUUUAUUAAAAGUUGAAAUUAAAUUUUCAUUAAUUAUUAUUUCGAGUAUAAUCUCUUUUAUCUCUUUAUGAAACAAUCAAGAAAAUAUGUAAGCGUAAAUUUAAUUAUUUCACAAAUUUUUACAACACUUUUGAAAUACAUAAAAGAUAUAAAUAUUUCAUCAUGAUAUAAACACAUUUUACAAACACUUUCUUAUGACAAAUGAAUACAUCACACAUUAUUUCAGAAUCUAAUCGAUCCCUUAUACAUAAUAUCAGUUUUCAAUCUUUUUAUCAUCUCUGAACGUAAAAUUUUAUAGAACUGAUAGCCUCUAUAAUUACUAUAAUUACAGUCUUUUACUUCUAUUUACUUCUUUUAAUAAGUAUCGAUCGAUUUACAAUUGUAGUAACACAGAAGUACGCACGCGACAUUACGAGCGCAAGCUCAACAGCAACUGUAACCAGACUACCACAAACAGUCGGUUUUCUACUAUCCAGCAACAUGUACUUCUCUAUUCGAAAUCCGAUCAAUGAACCGCGAAAUCCUAAUUACGAGAAAGACAUAGCUUACGUGACGAAACAUAACAAAUGGGUUCUUUCUUGUAUUGGCAUUUGGCCGAUAUUAAGAAAUAUAAAUAAAAUUUUACCGAAAAUAGUGAUUGGGAUCAAUAAUUUAUUGUGCUCUUUUAUCCUGAUCCAAAGUGCAUUGCAUAUCAUAUAUGAGGAGAAAGAUAUAUUGUUAAGAUUGAAGAUUCUCGGUUUAAUUUUUUUCUCUUUCAUAUCAUUGAUGAAAUAUUGGGCUCUAACGAUACACAAACCGGAAAUCAAAUAUUGCAUCGAACAGGUGCAAUCAGAUUGGAAACAGGUAGAAAUGGAAAAUGAUCGCGAACUUAUGUUAAAAUACGGGAUACUUGGUCGAAAUUUGACCAUUUCUAGUAUUUUGUUUAUGUACAUGGGUAGUAUUACUUAUAUGUCUAUUACGCAAUAUGCAAUGGGAUCGCAGAUUAAUGAACAUAAUCAAACGAUUAGAGUGCUAAUUUAUCCUACAUAUGGUUAUAAUAUUCAAAAAAGUCCUAUUUAUGAAAUAAUAUAUGGUGUUCAAUUUAUGUGCGGAUAUGUCGUCGACACAAUAACAGCUGGUGCUUGUGGUUUAGCAGCACUUUUCGUAACCCACGCCUGUGGACAAAUCGAUAUCAUUUCAUCUCAAUUGGAUGAUAUAGUUGCUGGACAAUUCUACAACAAAAAUUUAAAUCCGAAUAUACGACUGAUGGCAAUUAUUAAACAUCAUAUAAAAAUUUUAAAAUUUUCAGCUAUAGUUGAGACAAUUUUGCAAGAAGUAUUCUUUUUGGAAUUCAUUGGUUCUACUUUUGUAAUAUGUUUGCUUGAAUAUUAUUGCAUUGCGGAUUGGGAACAAAAAAAUAUAAUUAGUCUGACAUCAUAUGUAUUAUUAUUAAUAUCUUUGAUAUUUAAUAUGUUCUUAUUAUGUUAUAUUGGUGACCUUCUAAUACAAAAGAGUGGUAACAUCGGAGUAGUCGUGUUUAUGAUUGACUGGUUUCACUUACCAACAAAAACGAUUCAAAAUCUUAUUUUGAUCAUGGCCAUGUCGAAUACUCCGGCAAAACUUACUGUCGGUAGAAUAGUUGAUUUAUCCUUAUCUACUUUUGGAAAUGUUUUAAAGACGACAUUUGUGUACUUAAACUUCCUUCAGACUGCUGUUAUGCAAUAAUCUUAUAAAUGUUUUUAUAAUUGUUUUCAAUCAUAAAAUAUUAAAUAGUAAAUAAAGAAAUAUGUUGUAAAUUACUGCUAUGUAAUUGCUUAAAUUUUCGUGAAAUAUAAUUAUAUGUUAUAUGUGUAUAAUAUGUACACAAAAAUAUUGAAAUAGAUAUAAGACAUUUGUCUAUUUAUAAUAAUAAUGCUAUGCUGUAUACAUAUAUACUACCUUAACCAAUAGAUUCAAAUUAUUAGGAAUUGACUAUAUCUGCCUGAUUUUGAUAAUAAUAAUAAUAAUAUUGAUAAAUAAAAUAAAGCAAGCUUUCAUACAUUUUUUAGAUUUAAGAAACAAUAAAAAAAUAAUUGUAACUUAUUUUUUUAAUGAUUACUUAUUCUUGCAUUUAUGUAAAUAUUAAUAUUAUUUUUUAUAACAUCAUAUAUAAAAAUACAAACUACUUUUUAUUAUUAUUCUUAUAAUUUUCUUACAAUUUCUUAAUCAUGAAUUUUCAUAUAAUGUGUAUAAAAACUUUAUAAUAUCAUCAGUUAGCUUCCCUACAAUUUCAGAUUUCUGUUCCUCUUAAUAAAAAAUAUAAUUCGAUGAUAUAAUCAAUCAUCGAAGUACUGAAAAAGAUGCACGUAAUAUUAUCGAACUUAUUCUGAAUGAAUUUGUAAUCAACGCUAUUGAAUUAUCAUUAACAAUUGUUUUUCAAAAAAAUAUAUUAUUACACUAAAUAAGAGUGAUUACAGAAUGUGAAGUAUACAACACAAGAUAAACAUCGCUUAUAUAAUCAAUCAUAACAACGAAAUUCAUCAACAUUUGGCUAACAAUUCUGAAGGAUAUCGUAAAAUUUCUACUAAAAAUUGUUUGACUUUCUGUUCAACUACAUUGAUGAAGUAUUGAAGCGCUAAAAUUAGAACGUGAGAAAAGAUUUUAAGGAAAGAAAUGCAUGGAAACUGUAGAUUUUUUAACAAUAUCGAAGAAAUUUUUCAAGAGAUGGAUAUGUUUUACAGAAAUCAUGGAUGGCACGUUAAUAUGCAUAUGGUCGAACAUUAUUUUUUAAUGGUAAGUAAUUAAAUGAAAUUACAUUUAAAGAUUGAUUAUAAAAAUAGUAUUUAUUCUAUCUUUUAGAACUAAUCGAAAAAUAAGGUAAAAUUACAUCCCUAAUCUUUAUUGAUCUUCAUAUUUAACAUAUUUAUAUUUUGUUACGUAAAAAUCUCUUUAAAUAACUUAACAUUAUCAUUUUAUAUUUUUUAUUUCGUAAAACAUUCUCAAUAAUUAGGCAAAUUGAUAUGAUUUCUUGUAAAAUCGAUUGAUGUAAAUUAUAUAUAUUAUUUAAGCUUAUGAUUUUAUUAAAUUUCCAUAUCGCAAUAUCUAUCAAAAUUAACGAUGGGAAAAAUAAUCAAAUUGUCUUUGAGUAGCUCUAUAAAUUUUAAUUUUUCAAAUAUUUUUAAAAAUAUUUUUAAAUCAAAAUUUUAUAUUGAAUCAUUUUUAGAUAACAAAACUAUUAAUAGUAUAUUUAAAU